UCAAAUCACUUCCUUUGGUAAUUCACACCAUUCUCAAUUCAUCCAAAAACCUUCGUAAAAUGUGCCGUAUUUUUUUAGUGCAAAUUUUAAUUUUGUCGUCGUUUUUGAGUGCGUAUUCUGAGGAUACGUCCGAAGAUUCUGAUGAGAGUCGCUCUCCGGAGACGAGUAGUCAUGAACAUGAUGUGAACAACGCGGUGAACAAUGAUGAUGAUGAUGAUGACGGGAAAGCGCAGGGUGUGUCUCCAAAGGGAAUGAGUGGAUAUGAAAAAGUGAUCAAGCUUGAAACUAGGAGAGUGAACACUGAUAACGAGGGGAAGGAACCGGAAGCGAACGCACCGGAACCGGAAGUAGAAAAUCCGAAAUCCACCGCUUCGGGGAACUCAACAAAAAAGCCUCACGAAAAUGCUCCGAAUGAGACAGUGACCACGUUCUACCCGUACCGCUACACUGCUGCCAUCUUGCGGAAGGGUUCGUACUACGCGGCUGGGGCUCUCAUUACACAGAAACUUAUACUCACUGCUGCUGGGCCGUUCUUUACAAUGCAGUCAUCAAUCCGCCUCUUCAAAGUCCGUCUCGGCUCUCUGCAUAACAAGCAGGGUGGACAGCUGAUGCCGCUCAAAUCCAUCCAAAUCCACCCAUCCUUCGACCCCAAGAAGCCAGAGUUUGACGUCGCUCUGGUCGAGAUGGGAUACAAAGUGGACAUCUCGGAUAGUGUGAAACCGACUGACAUAUCCAGCUCUAAUGAGAAAGUUGUGGUGGCCAAGUUUCUGGUGUCGUAUUGGCCGCGGCUUAUUGUCAACGGCCUCCCGCUCCCCUCAUCAGCGGAAGAGAGGAUCAAGUUCAACUACCUGCGCGUCUCCCUACAGAGCUACCUGCCGAGGGACACCUGCUUGUGGGUGUACAAAGCCGCUGAGGUCGCCCUGGACGAGUCCUCGAUGUGUCUGACGCCGCUGGUCACGCAUCAUAGCGUUUGUACGCCCGACGUGGGUGCUCCGGUGGUCGCGGAGGACGGCCUCUGGGGCGUGACCUCGGGUUACGUCGCCAGCAACUGCAAGAAAACACCCAGCCCCACUCUCUUUACGCGUCUCUCCACUCCCGCCGUCAAGUCCUGGAUCGCUGAAAUCAAGAAGAAUAGUAGAUUUUAGUUUGGUUUAGUAGUUGAAAUA